UCGGACAAUAGAGCAGCGAAAGUACCUCCUCUGGCGUCAGCGGAUCCAGCGGGUGCUUAGGUGCGUGAGUGGAGUCCUUCGUCGAGUUCUCGAUUCCAGAGGCAGUACCGGGGACGACUGUGGCAGACAUGGCAGACAGAGAUGCGAAAGCAAUGGACUGAACGUCUGUCCGCUACGGUACUCUGCUCCCUUAUAUAUGCAUCUCCUAUACCUCUAUCAGGUGAGAUAGCACAUGACGGCGGGCAUUACGGCUCGCCCGUGGCCAGUGCGCCUUCGGAUAAGAGGGAGGGAGGAACUAUAAACGUAGCCGGCGCCUACAUGGCGAUCGUUAUCUCUCUAACAGCGGUGCGCAGUCGAGACAGAAUGCCAGACCAGAGUACAAUCACUAUUGAGGUCGAAGCUCUGAGGGAACAACAUUAGGUCGAUAUAGCAUUACACCUUGCAUAGUUUACAAUACAUACACCCCCCGAUG